CCAACUGCUGGCUUGCGACCGAGGGCCGGGACGGGCGUGUGAAGACCCUCCGCGGCCGGUUCCUAGGACACCGACUGGAAGGGAAUCGAUCUAGAUUAGGGAAAGCAACCCAGCUCUACUCAUCAGCAGGCUGGUGCCCAUUUCACUUGACCUCAACCUUGAGGGGUACUGAGCCUGUGCUUGUGAGGGAGAGUGCUGCUCAGACGGUGAUGUCAGCUGCCAGAGUUUACCGGUAACCAUCUCAUGGUUUGACUUGGGAAUGAAAUCUUCUGAAAUCUCAGACCAGAACGCUUUUUGUUCACCAUGGAGGACAAAAGACGGCGAGCCCGAGUGCAGGGGGCCUGGGCUGCUCCUCCCAAGAGCCAGGCUGCUGCUCAGCCAGCUACUACCGCCAGGAGUCAUCUUCCCCAGACACUGGGGCAGACUUGGAAGAGAAAGGAACAGCAGCCGUCUGACAGAGAAUUUGUGUUCAGAGAACCUCAGCUGGUUGUACGUACAGCUCCAGAACCCAGAGUGAUUGACAGGGAAGGUGUGUAUGAAAUCAGCCUAUCACCCACAGGUGUGUCUAGGGUGUGUUUAUAUCCUGGCUUUGUGGACUUGAAGGAAGCUGACUGGAUAUUGGAGCAGCUUUGUCGGGAUGUUCCCUGGAAACAGAGGAUGGGCAUCAGAGAGGAUAUAACUUAUCCGCAACCAAGACUUACAGCAUGGUAUGGAGAGCUUCCUUACACAUACUCAAGGAUCACUAUGGAACCAAAUCCUCACUGGCAUCCUGUGCUGUCCACUCUGAAGAGCCGCAUUGAGGAGAACACUGGCCACACUUUCAACUCUCUGCUGUGUAACCUUUACCGGGACGAGAAGGACAGUGUGGACUGGCACAGUGAUGAUGAGCCCUCUCUGGGGAGCUACCCUGUCAUUGCUUCACUAAGUUUUGGUGCCACUCGGACUUUUGAGAUGAGGAAGAAACCCCCACCUGAAGAGAAUGGAGACUACACGUAUGUGGAAAGAGUGAAGAUACCAUUGGAUCACGGGACCUUGCUAAUCAUGGAAGGAGCCACUCAAGCUGACUGGCAGCACCGAGUGCCCAAGGAAUACCACUCUAGAGAACGGAGAGUAAACCUAACCUUUCGGACCAUUUAUCCAGACCCCAGAGGAGCCCCCUGGUAACUGGACAUGUCUACAGAGUGCCGCUGAGGUGAGGGCUUUGCACCUGGCAGCCCCUCCUGCCUCCUGGAAGCACUUCAGAAACUGCUCCAUGCACUCUCAUGAUGGGGCUGUUUGGAAAUUGUGACAUUUGCUUCUCAGAUCCUGCUCCUCCUGAAUGAAAGCCACCAGCACUUCAUGUUGCCAACAUGUCUGCUAUGGGAAUGGUUAGAGACAAAUCUCUAAAUCAAGGGUUAUCAUUAGGCAAAUUAAAAACUGCUCUGGCUGUGCUCACAGA